GUGUGUGUGUGUGUGUCUCUGUGUGUGUGUGUAAUAUUUCCCAUGCGAGUGUGCGAGUUGUAUGUCGAUUGUGAGUUUCUGUGUGUGUGUGUGUCUCUGUGUGUGUGUUCUUGUGUCGUUCAUUCGUUCGCUCGUUGGUUUGUUCGCUCUUCCACUGUAUGUGCGCAAAGCAGAGGCAACGGCUACGGCUACACACAGCACAGCACAGCACAGUACAGCACAGCACCAGCACCAGCAAUACAAACACACACACAUAGAUACUGAUACUUGCGUACGUGUGUAUCUGGCUCUGUUCAGGCUUUCAAUGUAUGCGUGCGUGUAGAGCUGAAAACAAAAAUUGUUCGUUCGUUAUAUGAACACAGCUCUAUAGCAGCAGCAGCAGCAGCAACAGCAAUAGCAACAGCAGCAGCAGCGGCGGCAGCAGCAGCCACAGCACAUCGUGGACAGAGAGGGGCAACUGGGGAGUUGAGCGGUGAGGAGGGCCAAACGGCAACCGGCAAUGGCAACAGCAACAGCCACAGCACUGAAUAUGGCCGCCUGCCUGCCUGCCUUGCUGAUUGUGGCUGGUUUUGCUCUGGCUCUUGGCUUGCCCUGCCCCAGCCAGAACAAUUUACUUCGACAACGAACCCAACUUCAGUUGACUGGAAAAUUUUGAAUGGAAGUGCCCAGGGAAAAAAGCUCGAAGCUUGUAGCAAAUUAAUUUAAUAACUUACUACGUUCAAUACACACAAAGACAAAAGAAAAAUGGCCGACAAACCAAAGCGUCCUCUCUCUGCUUACAUGCUGUGGCUGAACAGCGCUCGCGAGUCGAUCAAAAAGGAGAAUCCCGGCAUCAAAGUCACAGAGGUGGCCAAGCGCGGUGGCGAAUUAUGGAGGGCAAUGAAGGAUAAGUCGGAGUGGGAGGCAAAGGCAGCUAAGGCCAAGGAUGAUUAUGAUCGUGCCGUUAAGGACUUCGAGGCCAACGGCGGCAGCAGUGCUGCCAAUGGCGGUGCCAAAAAACGUUCAAAGGCUGCGAAAAAACCAGCGAAAAAAAGCAAAAAAGACGACUCGGACGAUGACGAUGAUGAUGAGAGCGAGUAGAUUGCGAUUGCUGCUGCUACAACAACAACAACAAAGGUGUCAUCAUCAUCAUCAAAAACAACAACAGCAACAACAACAAAAUACCACAAGAACAUCAACAGCGUGGAACUCUGUCAGUCAAUCAAUCGCAUUACGUCUUAAAUUCACUCCACCCACCAUCCACACCACACACAACACCAACACUCUCCACAUGCACCAGCCAUACCCAAAAAAAAACAAAAAAGAGAAUUUGAUUUAAAACAAAAAUGCAAAAAUACAACACAUUUUAAAUAGAAUAGAAAACGAAGAGAAGGGAGAGCUCCCAAUAUAUAUCAAAAGAAGGAAAGAAAGUGAAACCGUUGCGGCAGGAAAGAAGUUGGCGUCAGUUACACUCAAGAACAUAAGCAAAAUUGUAUUUAUACAUAAGAAUUUAGGUUUAUAGUAGGUGUUUCAUUUAUAUUCACAGUUUGCAAGAGGAACAAGUCGUUCUUUACGUUUAUGACAUUCUCUCGUGUCCUGCUACCAAAAAAAAAAUAAGAUGAAAAAAUAAAUGAAAAGCGAGCAGAGAAUAUUGAUCAAUUUGUACAUCUUGCAUAUAAACUUUGUAAAUUAAACGAUAAUAACGUAAUUCCAUUAUAAAUAAAAACUACAAAAAAUCGAAA